AUGCCGGUGUCGAAAUUGUCAUUGAAAGUCCUUGACGAACUAAACGUCGAAACUAACUCCCCAGAAGCAAAGAAAAUCGACAUCGCCAUCAGUUCCAGAAGCCAAUACUUGAAAGACCUUAAAAAUAAUGAAAAUCUAUACUUGGUCAACUUGGAAAAACUCCUAUCCUACUCGCAAUCCGCGUCGUCCUCGGGAAAACCGUUGGUCCUCGCGACCCAAAACAUCAUCCGCAGCCAUUUGGAUCUUUACAAAAUAUUAGACAAAUAUAUCAAGCCAGAGUCAAAUAUGUCCCAAUUGGACGAGAUCUACUGUCUUCGAGACGUCAGCAAUUGGUGCUUGAUAUUCAACCGCCACUACAUCGCGUACUGUCAACACUACAAUUACGACCCUUUCUUGCCGGAAAUGACCUCCAAUUUAACCAAAUUGCCAUUCAUCAGAUAUAAAGCCCUCGUCAAAUUGUUGACGAAAUUCUAUCAAAUGUCGCUUCAUUUUGAAAACUCCUUGCCAGAUUUCAAGUUCACCGACAUGUCACUACGCUUGAUGUUUGUCGAAAUCACCAACAACUUCCAAAAAGCAUCAAAAUUCGCAUCGAUUCAAUGGGAAAUCAUCAAGGAUUACCUCAAUAAUGAAAAACUUUAUGUCGAUUACUUCUCAAUUAACUUUAACAUGACCAGAAACCUCGAAACUUUACGACAAAUCGACCCGCACACCUGUCAGUUCAACCCCAAUAAUAUUUUAAAAAGAGAUUAUUUUGAAUUCGAAUUCCAUCAUCCAAAUGAAGUCACCAGCAAUAAGAAAAUCAUCGAAUUGAUAUUAUUGAGUGACAAAUCAGUCAAUGAUUACACAAAACUUCACCAAUCUCACGCUUCCAGAUCGUUGGAAAAAUUAGCCAAAAUGAAAUCACGAGAAGACUUAUUGAGCGCUGCUAAUGACGAAAUCAUUGAUACAGUAUUCGAUUCAAUUCUUCAAGGCUCCGGAAUAAAACAAGGCUCCGGCAAUUCUCACAAUCGCGAAACUUCCGAAUUUUCUAUGGUGUCUACUGAUGUCGUUGAAGAAAGCUAUAAAGGUUCAUUAGAUUUCAAAUUCACAGAAAUCGCAGGAUUAGCAAUUUGUGCUAUCGACUCUAGUAUCGGCAGAAACUUGAUUUUCCCAACAUUCCAAAAAGAUCAACUUUCCAUCAGAUCGGUCAAUAAAUCUGCCAAUGAAAUCGUCUUGGUUCAUCCUACCGCACCCAACAGCGAACAAUUGAUUACCAUCAAAAUUUCUUCUUUGGAUGAAGAACAAUUCAAUAACUGGCUGCCGUUCUUGAAAGUAUUAUUCCCAUUCUAUUACGAGCAAACCGAAGGUUUCUUCAAGCAGCAUCAAAUGUUGAAAAAUCAAAUGGAAUUCAAGGACGCGUUAGGAAUCAAUUUGAACAUUCCAAAGAGCUUUAAUGCUAUUCCUGGAAAGUUCAAUUUGCAACACCACACCAGUAUUAAAAAUAAAGAUCAAGUUUCUCCUUUGAAAUUCCUGAAGAAAUCAUCACCGGUUCUCAAUAAUUCCGUGGAUCCUUCAAAUAAAGCCCAGCGGCUUUCUGGUGACAUGGCCAUUCCUGAGCUCGAUUCAUUCUUGCAACAGUUGGAGUCUGAUUGCAAUGCUAAUAAAAAUGCUGCUGAGGAUGUUUGCAGUCCACCUUCUGAUGGGUUCCAUUUCAACGAAAUCAGUUACAGCAACAACGCUACCCCAACCCUUGAUACAGUGGCCAACACCUCAUCAUUACCAACAAAUGAUAACCGUGUGUCACGAUCAACAAGCAGAUCAAGUCGUCUUUCCAGAUCCCAAAAAAUCAACAAUUUUGAUAAAGUUUUGAAAGAUGAUCAUGCCGUGUCUUUGUACGAUAAUGAAAGUGACUGGACUUCGAUUACUACUAAUUCAGCCAUUAGCUCCCCAAAGCUUAAUGACUCAUCUGAUGUAUCAAGAGUGGUUAAUAAAUUCUUCAACGAUGGUAGUAACAAGAAAGACUCUGCUAAUUACAAUAGAAAGUCUACAAGGGCCUCAGUUUCAAGCAUUGCGACUGGUGACUUCAUUAACCUUCAAACUUCUCCAACUUCUCAUCCGGUCAAUUCCUUAAUUUCGGAAGCCCCGAUUGAUGAAGCCGAAGAACAUGAGACCACAACAAACCUGGAAACAACCGAGCCAGACCUUCCGGUUUCUAUUUCUGCAAGUACCAUUUCCCCAACCGCCUCCAAUAGGCCAAAAACUCCUUUGCCUCAAGUGCCAACUAGUGAUCCUGCCUCAAUCAGUGCCUAUAGAACUCCGGCUUUCACAAUACUUGGCAAGAAUAAAAGUACUGCAAAUCUUGUUAGUUCUUCCAGUCAGGAUGAUGAGAAAUCCUCUUCUAAAAUUAGUUUGACAAAAGCCGUCGAUCAAUUAAAUGAAGAGUUUGCUAAACCACAAAAUAUAGAAGAUGGCAGCAAACCUAUCGGGGAAAAUGAGGAGAUUCCUGAUGCUAAUAAGGAUGCGGCAUCACCAUCAUUGUCAAAUUUCUUUGGUAGGAAUAAAAAGUCUUAUGGUACUCCAUUGUUCAAGAAAUUGUUUUUCAGAUCCACUAAAUCAAAGAAACUUGAAACAACUGCCGUUAAUAAGAGAGAUAGCUUCAUUUUUAGUAUGGAUCAAACCACCAAAUCUACUGUUAUCAAGCAAUCUGAUGACUCAAUGGAAAGCAAGAAGAAUGCCACCAUUACUAAACCAUUGUUGGAAACCCCUGGUACCACUGUGGUGUAUCGUGGCGCUCACCAGGCUGCUACUGUUUCUACUUCUGUUCCUAAGUCAGUGAUCAGCAAAAAGAAGGCUCUUGAUCACCAUAAUACAAACGGAACCAAGGUAUUCAAGUCGGAAUCUCAAAAAAGAUUGUCUGUUGUUGCCAGAAGACGGAGUCAAUUGCCUGCUAGUAGUUCUGAGAAUUUCGGCAUUUCAAAGGCUGGUUCGGUUACCAAGAUCUCAAAAUCGGGCUCUAACCCUAGAAUUUCUAGAAAAUCAUCAAGAACCUCUUUCCAAAAUAUUGGCGCCAAUGUUAGAACCCAAAGUAAUACUUCUCUGGGCGUGUUGAAACACAGUAGUAGUGCCAAGAGGUUGAGCACAAUUAAUGGUAAAAGAAAAAGAGUAUCUACAACUAUGCAAUUGGAAAUCACCAAACAACAAAAGAUAUUUGAUGAUUUAAUAUUGAACAACCCUGCUCCAAACCUUGGUGAUCUCACUGACAAUGAGUCUAUUGUUUCAUUGCCAAGUCCAAAGUACACCAAUAUUGUUAUUCCAAAUAACUACUCUGUUUCUUCUCUCUCAAGCAAUGAUAAUAAGAAUGUCACCGAAACUAUUGAAGACUCUCCAAUCAAGUUGAAUAUUAACAAUUCUGAAUCUUUUGGCUCGAGUCUUAACCAAUCCGGAUCGAUGAACUCGACAUUUUCUAGUCCAAGAAAAUUGAAUUUUGCUGGUAGCAACCAUUCACCAAGUAAGAGUAGUUUCUUGUCCCGUACAACAACUGUCUCGAAUUCUUCAUUUGUCACCGGUUUGACUCACCAAGAAAACAGUAAUAGUGACUUGAAGGCGAUUGUGGAAGAUGAACCUGCGAAUAAUGGCUCACUUGCUGAUUUGAAUGACGCCACUAGAAAACCUGGCGAUGGUAUAAAUUCUGACGAUGAAGAUAUUCCAAUUCCGAAAGAGGAUUACUUGAAAGAAAAGUUUGGGAAAGGCAUUGCUGGUGAUAGUGCUCCAAUCGCUGCCGAUGAUGGUAAUAAUGAUGCCGAUGAUGAGCAAGAUGAAUCUAUUCACAAUAUCAAUUAUCUAAGUAAUUUUGGGAAAGAGUAUGAGCCUAAAUUUCUCAGUGCUUCACCUUCCAAGAAAUUCCGGGGCUCAAGGUUGUUAUCUUUGAGAAGAAGAAAGUCUGUUGAUUUUGAAAUUGUCACCAAGUCACCAGCAAAGACUCCUAACAGUGUUGGUGGUAAUUAUGCUGCUUCACCUGCUACUUCCUUUGUGAAUUCUCCAGCCUCUGGUUUUUCCACCCCGAUUAAUGGCUCAAUGAUUUUCUCUCCUCCGGCACUUCCAUCUGCUAAAAAAACUAAGCCAUAUAAUCUUCUGGAAAAUGAGUCCAAAACAAGUAUUGUUAGUGGCAAUAUGCAAAGAGCCAGUUCGGUACGCACCGUGAGAUCGAAUGGUACAAAUUCGACCUUCAACAAUACAUCCAAGGAGACGACGUUGACGAAAUCCAAAGACGCCAUUCUUAACGACUCCAAAGUUUCCCUCAAGAGAAAAGGUUCGUUUGAUGCUUUGAAAAAAAUUGCCUCGCCAAUUCCAAAUGCUUUUACCAGAAAAGACAAGCAUCAAAGAGAGUUAUCCGCAAAGACUCCUGAGAAGCAUCACCAAGUUCCAUCUGCCAAACCAAACUUUUCUCCGAUGAAGCCUACAAUCAGUGCUUCCGCCAGUGGUUUCGCAUCGAUUACUGAUCAGUAUCUUGCUAACGUUGACAAUUGCAUUAUUAUCUACAAAGAUUUCUAUCAUGUUUCUUUUUGGAAGUUGAAUCAUUGGGCACCAAUCAGUGACGAACUCUUGUACAUGGAAGUUGCUAUUUCUCUGGAACAAAGUUAUUUGUGUUUCUAUAAGAGUGACUCCUUGAAAUCUUCUUUGGUUUCCAUUAAGCCAUUCGUGAUUUUGGCGGUUGAUAGUAACAGUGUCGUCACCAAAACAAAGAAUGAUUCCUGCAAUAUCAUUGAAGAUCUUCAUGAUGCCAGUGGGAUGUUUGACGUUCAGCUUAAAACAUUUAAUGAAUUCACCAAGAAGACCAAUUUGGUUUGCUUGAGAUAUAAGAAUUAUACCUCCUCGAUCAAUUUGCUCCAAGCCCUUGAAUUUGCUCAACAAGAUCACACCAAUAACUCGAUGAUAAAGACUAGACAACAGUUAUCAAACAAUUCUGGUAACUCUAUGUUCUGUGACGGGGUCAAUUCUAGUGUCUCGGGUGAUACUGCGUCUUCUGUUUCCGUGCCACCAUCGGAAUAUGGUAAGAAACCUAAUCUCACCAUCAGCGUCUCAAGAGAUUUUGUGUAUGAAGAACCACCAAUGACUGCGAUAUCCGCAAACUUUGAAGUUUCCACCCCUAAAUCUGAAUCGGGGGCAAGCUAUCUAUCUUCACAAACUCCAAUGACCAUCACUCCACCACAUUCUUCUUGUUCUUCUUCUUCUGCCUCUUCGUCUUCUCAAUUGAACUCGAUCAAUUCCCAUUUGAAAGGGUUGAAGAUUAGUACGAACCACGAUACGGUAACUAUUGUGAAAAAAAUUAGAUUCCAUAAGAAAUCCAGCAUUUCCGGUAAAUGGAAUCCUAUCGCCAUUUCCAUGUUGAAAAUGCGCCGAGUUUCUCCAGGAUCCAAGAAGUUCCAUCUUGUCAUCACCGAAUUUAAAACCGAAAAAGUUUUGAUUGAUGCUAGUAUCGAUGGAUCUACAACCUCAAGAAUUGGGAGAACUGGGGUUUGUAUUGCGGUUCCGAGUAUGGAUGGUAUCACCGUGCCUAAAAGACCUAACUACUUGGUGGAAUCAAGAAAUCAAUUAGAAGCCGAUGAAUUAUUUGCGAUCUUUACUAGUACCAGAUAA